AUGGACGAGUACAGCGUGCGGCGCCUGGCCGCCCGCUGGGGGUGGACCGAGGUGCAGCACAAUGUGGCGAGUCGUGUGAUGGGUUUUGUGAGGGGCGGCGAGAGGGUGAACGUCUACUACACCACCGCUCCCCCUGCCCGCAUCCUGCCCGCCGCGCCCGCCGCCGCCCCAGGCACUGUGGGCACGUGCGUCGACCACCCGCGGGCGGGCAAGACGCAGCUGUUCCGCCGCAACCAGACUCUGGCCACCCUAGGCAACAUAUUCCAGGACCCCCGGGUCCACACAGGCGCCGGCUACUACCGCCGCCACAGCAGCACGCGCCCCGAGCCCAGCCAGGGCUGUGGCAGCGGCGGCCACCACAUGUGGGCGCGCCUGGCCACCCAAAAGGCUCAGGACCACCUGUUCGACCAGUGGGACAGUACGUGCACAGGAGUGCUGGCGCUGGGCGCUGGCUACUUCUUAGUCAACCACGAUGGCAGCACUGCAUGGAGCGGCGUGCCCAUUGAAUUGCACAACAAGGUCAAUGGCCGCCAGAAGAGCCUGGCCCGGGUGGACUAUGUGGUGUUGGGGGAGGGUGACGACUACUUUGUGCAGGUGAGGUGGCUGCAUGCAUGA